AUGUUCUCGCGGACUGCAUUCUCCAGCGCCUUCCGCGCCGUCGCGCGACCAGCGCGCAACCCGCUCACCCACGCCCGCUUCGCGCCCCUCCAGAUCCGCCUACUGUCGCAGGAGACCCGCGCAGCGAUAGACCAGGCUGUGGCUAGUGCGCCCGUCGUUCUUUUCAUGAAGGGUACUCCGGAGAUGCCGCAGUGCGGCUUCUCGCGUGCCAGCAUCCAGAUCCUCGGCAUGCAGGGCGUUGACCCAAACAAGUUCACCGCCUUCAACGUUCUGGAGGAUAACGAACUGAGAGAAGGCAUCAAGGAAUACUCGGAGUGGCCGACCAUCCCGCAAUUGUACGUUGACAAGGAGUUUGUGGGCGGCUGUGACAUCCUGAUGUCGAUGCACCAGGAUGGCUCGUUGGCCAAGAUGCUGGAGGAGAAGGGCGUGCUAGUGCCCGCCGAGGAGGAGGGCUCGCAGUAG